CAGCUCAGAGAGGACGGAGCCACAGCCGGCCCAGACCUUCUGCACCCCGGAACCUGCAGCGUGCAGACACCCCCGAACAUGGACCGGGUGACGCGCUACCCCAUCCUCAGCCUGUCCUACCCGCCCCGGCUCAGCGGGUUGGCCCUGGCGGGGGAUGCCUCCUACAGAUUCGAGCUGGUGGGCGUGGGGCCCGAGGCCGACGCUUGGAGCGGGGCGGCGGCCCCUGAGGCAGGGCAGCAGGGGGCGGCCCUGUGGGCCCUCCGCGGGGCCCCGGGCCUGGAGCAGGAGCGCCGGGCGCUCAUCCAGGGCCAGGCGGUGAGAAGGAGCGACACGGUGGCCGCAGACCCCGGCGCCCCCAGCCGGCCGCUGCCCGCCGCCGCGCCCGCGGACCAGGCGGUGGACACGGAGCAGAUCGACUUCCUGGCGGCCCGGCGGCAAUUCCUCAGCCUGGAGCAGGCGAGCCCGCGAUUUCCGCGGAGCCCCCCGGCCAGGGUGGCGCCUGCCCCGGCCCGCGGGCCCUCCGAGACCCCCGAGACGGAGGGCGACCCGAGCCCGGCCGGCGAGCGGGAGGCGGCGGAGCCGGCGUGGGGGCCAGAGCCCGAGCGCCCCGGGGAGACGCCCAUCGAGCGCGAGAUCCGCCGGGCGCAGGAGCGGGAGGCGGCGCUGCGGGCCCAGCGGGGUUUGGCGCGGGCGGCGCGCGGGCAGGAGCUGGUGCGCAUCCCCGCUAGGCCGCUGCUGGCCGGGCCCGGGCUGCCCGCACCCCCGCGCCGCGCCCGCCCGUCGCUGUGCGUGCAGCGGGACCUGGCGCGGGGGCGGCGGCGCGGGGCCGGGGCCGCCUCCCCCGACGGGCCGCGCGGGAAUGGGCUGCGCCGGGCGCUCAGCUCCGACGCCCUCCUGGGGCCCGAGCCCCGCACCCCGCCCCGGCCGGCCGCCCCUGGGCCCGCGGAGGCCCCCGAGCCGCGCUCGGAGCCACCCGCCAAGCCCCCCCGGCCUCGCUCGGAGCCCGCCGCCUCCGCCAAGUCCCCCGGACUGCGCUGGGAGCCCCCGGGACCCGCGCCCGCCAAGCCCCCCCGGCCUCGCUCGGAGCCCGCCGCCUCCGCCAAGCCCCCCGGACUGCGCUGGGAGCCCCCGGGACCCGCGCCCGCCAAGCCCCCCCGGCCUCGCUCGGAGCCCGCCGCCUCCGCCAAGCCCCCCGGACUGCGCUGGGAGCCCCCGCGGGACAGCCCACCGGGCGGCCUGCUGCGCCGCGCGCUCUUCCUGCUGCGGCCCCUGCGCUUCGGGGUGCGGGAGGGCGCCGCCCAGCCCCCCGAGCCCCCCGAGCCCGCCGAGCCCGCCGAGCCCCCGGCCUGGCGGCUGCCGCGCACACGCUCCUCCGACCUGCUGCAGCGCGAGGUCGAGCAGGUGCUGCGCCGGGAGCGCCAGGUGGCGGCCGAGAGGCGCAGCGCGCUCUUCCCCGAGCUCUUCCCCGACGACGACGGCGACGGCGACGGCGGCGACGACGGCGACUCCUCCCGCUGCUCCUCCCGCGCCUCCGGCACAUUGGGCAGCUACUGGGUGACGGAGUCUCCCGCCUGCAGCCCCACCCGGCAGCUCUCGGCCCUGGCGUGGAGAGAGGAUGCCCCAGAUGGAGCUGCCCCUGUGCAGAGGAGGAAGGAGCAGGGGUAUGCCGGCAUCAGCCCCUCGGACCACGUCAACUCUCAGUUCUGUCACAAGGAGCACAGCGUCAGGAGAGGAGGGGGUCAGCUGGCAGUGGACACAGACGUCAGGGGCUCUGGCUGCCUCCACCCCCACCCUCAGGUCCUGGAGGCCACCCGGGUGACCCGCCACAAGAAUGCCCUGGCCCAGCGCUGGGAGGCCCGGCUCUACGCCAGCGAGGAUGAGGACUGAGCUGAGACGGGACAGGACAGGGUGCCCCCCACCCCACAGGACCAGGACGCAGGCCCCGGACUGCCCCCUGCGGGCAGAGCGGCUCCCCUGUGUUCAUGGCCAAGAGAUUCCUCCCCCCCAGAACCUGGCUGCUGGGGCCUGGGGGGUGCUCGCCCCCUAGUCCUGCUUCCUCCUGCCCCCCAGUCACCACUCUGGGCCCUGGCUUCUGUCCUCUUGACUCUGGAAGAUUCUCUAUAUCCGCUUACUUCUCAAACAUUUAUUUGGGGGACCCGGCUGAGCACGCACAUGUCACGAUGCAGGAGGACCCAGGCUGAAGCCCCCGGUUCCUUCUGCAGGGUGGGAAGCUUCAAGAGCAGUGGAACAGGGCUGCAGGAGUCUGUCUGUCUUUCCUCUCUCUGUCCUGUCAAGAUAAAAUUGAUAAAUAAAAUUGAGAAUAUCAUGUUCA